AUGGAGGAGCAGAACUACUAUGGUCAUCAGCGGCUGUCGGACUUUCAGGAACCGGCCCGCUGGAACAACGAUUGCUUGAUGCAGCUACAACAGAACCGUCAACAACAACAGCAACAACGGCUACCCUCUUCCUCAGGAAACUGGAACCAACAGCAUUCGUCCUUUCAGAAGCGAGGCGACAACCAGGAGCCAAGGAUAAGGGGCCGUUCAGCAGCAGCGGAUGUGGCCACUGCUCCUGUUGUCCCUCCUGUUACAUACCCAGGAACUCACAACAGUGCUGCCUACGAUCUCAAGUACGACUGUCAGCUCGCAACUCAGACCUGCUUGCAAACAGAAACCGUCUGCCAGGCCCAGUCCCAGAACUGUACCGCCGGUUGGGAAGUCCGAUGUAGCAAAAUCUCCAACACUUGUAUGGAUCGACUACCCAAUUGGUUGCAUUGGCUCUGUGGCGCGUUCACGUCAGCGUGUCAGUCGACUGAGACUGUCUGUCUAGGGUGGGAGCAAAUCUGUACGAGUAGCUUGGACGUUUGUCUGUUGUGGGGUUCGGCUUGUUUGGAGGUCAUUCCUGCGGCGGCGUUGCCUUGUCUUUGGGAGAAUCAGCCUGGUCAUACCAUCACCCAGCAAUUGACCGACGGAACAUGUCUGUCAAACAACAACACGGACUUAGUAAUGUGCCACGGCAACGGCAUCACUCGCGCAAUCGGUAUCCCACUCGACUCGGUCCUCUCCCAAAUCCUCCAAUUCAUGCUCGCAAACCCCUACGAAGUUCUGACCAUAGAAUUCAACGAAAACGACGGCGAUGUAACCACCAUCUCCAAACUCAUUGUCGCCAAGGUCAUCCAAUAUUUCACCCUCCCCUCAGGCGAACUCCUACUCUGGCCUCGAAGCAGCUUAUCCGAGGAAUGGCCCACCUUGCGAGAGAUGAUCCUGGCGAAUAAGAGGAUCAUGGUGUUUAUGAGUGACACGUACUACCCGAUACCGGACCCAAAGCCGACAUGGGCAAACCAGAAGGAUACGUGGAAGAAGGAUGGGUUCCAGUAUACGUAUGAUGAUACGAUGCCGGUGCAGUUGAAUGCCAGUUAUUAUGAAUGGUGUGGCCAGGGCGCCCCUACGGAUGGGUCUUUUAUCCAGUGGCAGCAAAUCGAUAUCAACAUGGGCAUCCUAGCCCCAGACAUUAUCGACCAGCUCAAGAAAGGCAAGAUCCCUCAGGUCUGCAUCGGCCCUCUGGCAACGGAGACCAACUAUGGAUUCCUGGAUGCGAUUGCCGAUUACUGCUACCCUCGGUGGCCAUACUGGUUCCGAGUGCGAGUGAACAACUACUGGGACAGUGAUGUCUUCAAGGUUGCGAGUCGGUUCAACGAUUUGAACGUUGCUCGUGUCCAGGCAGGGAAGGGCAAUCUGAUUACUCCUUAUUAG